UUUUUCAUCCUCAUAUCGAAUGACUGGCCAGUUGGACUGGACUUGGAGUGGCAAGUUGAAUGUUCAAGGUUCUGCACUCUCUGAACAGCCACUACUUACUUUGGUUCGAAUGACCCAAGUAACUAUUUCCGUUUCUGUUUCUGAUGGCUCUCGUUUUUGGUUUGGACAAGGUGAUGAAAGUACCGUGGGCACUUCUGUCAAAGUCUCGAAAAGUAGAAUAGAAAUACUUGCAGAUGCGUUGAAACAACCAUCGGACGAUACGACAGUUGUUGUGUUGACAAGUGAAGAUAAUGGGCCACAAGACUCCAUCUACUUGAAAGUUAUGAGAGUUGUUUUAUCUGACUUGCCACUACCUAUCAUUUCUUUGGAGUUGAAAAGUCAAGCAGCUGGCACGUUUCUAGAAAAUAUUUGGGAUGUAUUGACCAUGUUACGUUGUAAGAAUGAAGAGCUGGAAAGAGUUGUGAAACGUGAAGAAACAGUCAAUCAAGAGUUGCAACGAGCACUUCAUUUGACGAGAGAAGAAAAGAAUAGAAUGGAAGAAAAGAUGUUGAAAAAAUCGAAUGAGUUGAAUUCUUCUAUGGAAGAAGAAAAUAAUGAUCCGGUUGGUUGGGAAGAUAUUCUCAAGGCACAAAGUAGACUUCAUGGCGUAGCUCAUAAAACACCUGUUUUUACUAGUACCUAUUUGAAUAAUCUAUCUGGUAGUCAACUCUAUUUCAAGUGUGAGAAUCUUCAAAGAAUUGGCGCUUUCAAGUUUCGAGGUGCAUACAACGCCUUGAGUGCCCUUCGCCUCUCAAAACCUCAAGUUACCGAUGUAGUCACGCAUAGUUCUGGAAAUCACGCUCAGGCCCUUGCACUGGCUUCAAGUCUCUUAGGUUUGAAAGCGCAUAUUGUUAUGCCUUCCAAUGUUUCUUCAGUAAAGCGAAACGCAGUAGAAGGUUAUGGUGGGAACGUCAUCUUAUGUGAACCCAACCUACCAGCGAGGGAAUCAACUGCAGAGAAAGUGAUUCAACAGACAAACGGAGAAUAUAUACCACCCUAUAAUCACAGAGAUAUCAUUGCAGGCCAAGGAACUGCUGCUGCAGAACUUUUAGAGGAGGUCCCUGAUCUGGACGCAAUCAUUGCACCCAUUGGUGGUGGUGGACUUAUUUCUGGCACUUGUAUUGCAGCAAAGCAUUUAUCUUCACAUUGUAUGAUAUUGGCAGCAGAACCUGCUGGUGCUGAUGAUGCCAAGCAGUCAUUGGAAAGUGGUGUUCUUAUUCCUCAAACGAGUCCUCAUACUAUUGCCGAUGGACUGUUGACAAGUUUAGGUGACUUGACUUGGACUAUUGUUCAUCAUCAUGUGAAACAAGUAAUCACUGUGAGCGAUGAGGAAAUCAUAAAUGCAAUGAAGUUGAUUUUCGAAAGAAUGAAGUUGGUAGUGGAGCCUUCAGGAGCAGUAUCUACAGCUGCUUGUUUAACCAAAGACUUUCAACGUUUAGGUUUGAACAAAGUUGGUGUGAUUAUUUCUGGUGGAAAUUUAGAUUUGAAUAAACUUCCAUGGCUCACUCGCCUUGGUUAAGUCUUAUUUUAUGGAAUAUACUUUUUGUUGUCAUG